AUGGAUAAUAUUACAAAAAAAAAUAUUUCGUCACCAGAAAUAAUUAAAAGUGAAGAAAUAAAUAAAGAAAAUAUUAUAAGAAAUAAAGAAAAAAUAAUUCUAGAAAAAUACGAAAAGGAUAGACUUAACAUUGUGGAAAAAAUAAGAAACGGUUUAAUAACAAAAAAUAAUUUAUUAAAUAAAAAAAUUAUUACAACCGAAAAUUUUUUAAUAGACAAAACAUAUCCUUCAGAUAUACAAAAAGAUGUAGAAAGUCCCUAUAUAGAAUAUAUUAAAACUUCAUGUACACCUUAUGUAUUAAUGAAUAUAUAUCUGGCAAGUUUCCUUUUUGCUGUAUUCAUUUAUGUUUUUAUAUAUUUAAUAAAACGUACUUAUAAGAAAUUCAGAAAGAAAAAAGAAAAGAAAUUUAAAUCUCAAAGUUCGGACAAUUUUUUAUUAACUGACAUAUUUUAA